AUGGGCAUCCGAUUCCUCAAUCCCUCUAGGGUAGGGAGACUCUCCAAAGCAACGCUUUCUAAAUCAAAAUACCCCUUCCACGCCUCAUGUCUCCAUCACCAUCAACAACGACAACAACAACAACAACAACAACAACAACAACAACAAGAACCUAAAUACUACCUCCCCCAUGAAUCCACCCCCCACGCCGCCACCAUCCUCGGCUUUCCCUCGCGACAGUCGGUCUCCAAAGCCCUGCAUGCAGGAACCUGUCGCGAGAUCGUCGAUCUAGCAGCGACCAUUGCAGGGUUCGAGCCGGUGCGGCUGUAUACUCGCCCGGAGGAUAUCGUCUCCGCGCGAGAACUGGUCAAACAGCGAAUCCAUCACCACCCUGCAAGCAAGAUCAAGAACCCAAGCCUUCGCCAGGACAGCCAGUACCAGAACGCUAACGCCACUACCACCACCUACGAUCUCGCAUCUCAAAUCCACAUCCUUCCUUGCCCGACAAACCACUGCUGGGUCCGGGAUACAGGGCCGGUCUUUGUUCGUCCGGCAGCAUCUACAUCCCCAUCCACCACCUCCUCCCACCGCCGGUUCGCAAUCGACUUCUCCUUCUGCGAAUGGGGCAACAAACACACCGACAACGUCCCAGACCCCAACCCUAACCCGACCAAGGACGAUGCCGACGCCGACCCCAACGCCUGGCCCAUCCCCUCGCCCACCACUCUAGCCGAAAACACAGGUUUCGCCGCCCGCGUGAUCGCCUCUUUCCCCGCCUCCUCUACCGGCCCUAUCUCCCGCAUCCCCUCCCGCAUCCGGCUCGAGGGCGGCGGCAUCGAAGUCGACGGGCAGGGAACCUUCCUCGCCACGGAGAGCAGUAUCCUCUGCGCGGAGCGGAACCCAGGCGUCACGAAGGAGGCCGCAGAGCGAGAACUGAGCCGGUUACUAGGUAUUCGCAAAUUCAUCUGGUUCCCGGGGCGAAAGGGACUCGAUGUCACGGAUGCGCAUGUCGACGCGUUGGUCCGCGUCGUGAGACCCGGUGUCGUGGUGGUUUCGAGACCGUAUGGGUAUUCUCAUCACCUUACCACCUCAACUUCUUCUCCUCCUGCUGCUGCUACUGAUGCUGCUACUGCGCGAACCCGGUCCGAAUGGAUGGCUGUCUACGAAGAAAUCCAGUCGAUACUAGCCCGCGAGACGGACGCGCACGGCCGACGCUUCGAAGUGCAUGAGAUCGAGGAGCCGGAUCCGCAGUAUGUGAAGAGGGACGUGGACGAGGGACACCCCGCGGCGUCGUAUGUCAAUUUCUACUUCGUCAAUGGGGCCGUCGUGGUGCCGGUGUUUGGGGACCCGGGGGCAGACGAGCGCGCUGUGCUGACGAUGCGGCGGUUGCUGCCGGAGAGGGAGGUGCGGACGGUGCGUGUGAACUGUCUGCCUCGUAUGGGGGGCGUGUUGCAUUGCGUGACGCAGCAGGUUCCUGUUCUCGAGGGAUUGUAG